CCGAGUCUCGCAGGGUCUGGCGGCGCAGUGCUGUACUACGUCCGCUGAGGGGUUACCAGGAAGGAAAGGGGGUAACACUGCAGUUGCGCCCCCUGUUAGAGACAGGUGCGGCGCCCGGAGUGUGACGGUGUCCCGGUCACUCCUUCUUCUCCUCUGCCUGGAAUUGCCGGGCUCUCUCCGAGUCUUUGUGUUGUGGAGCGGUCUGUGCCGCCGCCGGGUUAGACCAUGCUACUGGCUGCUGUAGCCAUUCAUCAUUUCACUGCACACUGAGCUCCCUAUUAUUCUCUGCUGCUCCUAGAAGUGACCUUCCCUCCCUACGUAUCUGCUGUGUACUACUACUCCUGACGUGUUACCCGCCUCCAGUAUCCGUGCCCUGAGAAGACCGGGCGCCCUCUAGUGUUCGGGUGGAGGCAGCUGCUUUCCCUCAUUGAUUGAACCAGUGCUCUGUCAUCCCUGUAUUCUCCUCUGUGCCCCUCUUCCUCUCUAUUGUCCUCCUCUACCUACCCCUACUUCUUAUCUUGGUUGGCACCAGACCUCCAGAGUUCCUCCAUUCUCCUGGGCUUCUAAGAUGGCAUUUUUGUUGACCUCAAGAGUCGUCUUCCAGGAAACUUCAACAGAGUGAGCUCCAUCUCCGGAUAACUAGUGGGCAACUUACACGAUUGGCAUUGAACAAAGACCUAGAAGAAUCAGAAUACGUCCAAGACCCCAAGGAAGGGCGAGAAGAUGUCUACCCCAAACAGGUUCAAGAAAGACAAAGAAAUCGUUGCAGAAUAUGAGAGCCAAGUGAAAGAGAUAAGAGCUCAGCUGGUUGAACAACAAAAAUGCUUGGAGCAACAAACCGAGAUGAGGGUUCAGCUCCUUCAGGACCUCCAGGACUUCUUCCGCAAGAAAUCAGAAAUUGAAAUGGAGUAUUCCCGGAAUCUGGAAAAACUUGCAGAGAGAUUCAUGGCUAAGACAAGAAGUACAAAAGAUCACCAACAAUACAAGAAAGACCAGAAUUUGCUGUCACCGGUAAAUUGCUGGUAUUUACUUUUGAACCAAGUGAGAAGGGAAAGCAAAGAUCACGCAACACUGAGUGACAUUUACUUAAACAAUGUUAUAAUGCGCUUCAUGCAGAUCAGCGAAGAUUCCACCAGGAUGUUCAAGAAGAGCAAAGAAAUAGCGUUCCAGCUUCAUGAAGAUCUAAUGAAAGUCCUUAAUGAACUGUACACGGGCAUGAAGACUUACCACAUGUACCAUGCAGAAAGCAUCAGUGCAGAAUGUAAGCUAAAGGAAGCUGAGAAACAAGAGGAGAAACAAAUUGGAAGGUCUGGUGACCCAGUGUUUCAUUUACGGCUGGAAGAUAAGCACCAGAGACGGAGCUCGGUGAAAAAAAUAGAGAAGAUGAAAGAAAAGCGCCAAGCCAAAUACUCUGAGAACAAACUGAAAUCCAUAAAGGCACGGAAUGAAUAUUUAUUAACACUGGAGGCAACAAAUGCUUCUGUAUUCAAAUAUUACAUCCACGACCUUUCAGACUUAAUUGAUUGCUGUGAACUGGGGUACCAUGCAAGUUUAAACAGGGCCAUGAGAACCUACCUCUCUGCUGAAUACAACUUGGAAACGUCCCGGCAUGAGGGCUUGGACAUCAUAGAGAAUGCAGUUGAUAACUUGGAACCCAGGAAUGACAAGCAACGAUUUAUGGAGAUGUAUCCAACUGCGUUCUGUCCACCGAUGAAGUUUGAGUUUCAGCCUCACCUGGGCGACGAGGUUUGCCAAGUUAGCGCUCAGCAGCCCUUACAAGGUGAACUUAUACUCCGGUACCAGCAGCUUCAGUCUCGACUGGCUACAUUGAAAAUUGAAAAUGAAGAGGUAAAGAAAACCACAGAAGCCACCCUCCAGACCAUCCAGGAUAUGGUCACAAUAGAAGACUAUGAUGUUUCUGAAUGUUUUCAGCACAGUCGCUCCACUGAAUCUGUGAAAUCCACAGUAUCUGAGACGUACUUGAGUAAACCCAGUAUUGCAAAACGAAGAGCAAACCAACAAGAGACAGAACAGUUCUACUUUAUGAAAUUCAGGGAACAUCUUGAAGGAAGCAAUCUCAUCACAAAACUACAGGCUAAGAAUGACCUGCUUCAGAGGACUCUUGGGGAAGGGAAAGGCUAUAGAGCAGAAUACAUGACCACAAGGCCUCCAAAUGUCCCCCCUAAACCCCAGAAACAAAGGAAACCCAGACCCGUUUCUCAGUAUAUUACUAAGUUGUUUAACGGGGAUCUGGAGUUCUUCAUCCAGGAAUCUGGGCAAAUAAUUCCCCUCAUCGUGGAAAGCUGCAUCAGAUUUAUUAACUUGUAUGGACUUCAACACCAGGGUAUUUUUCGAGUUUCUGGUUCCCAUGUAGAGGUGAAUGAUAUAAAAAAUGCAUUCGAAAGAGGAGAGGACCCUUUGACAGAUGACCAAAAUAAUCACGACAUCAACUCUGUAGCUGGUGUCCUGAAGCUGUAUUUCCGAGGCUUAGAAAACCCACUCUUUCCCAAGGAAAGAUUUAACGAUUUGAUAUCCUGUAUCCGAGUGGAGAAUCUCUAUGAGAGGGCCAUGCACAUCAGGAAAAUCCUGCUGACAUUACCCAGGACAGUGCUCAUAGUCAUGAGAUACCUCUUUGCAUUCCUCAACCACCUUUCUCAGUAUAGUGAUGAAAAUAUGAUGGAUCCGUAUAACUUGGCGAUCUGCUUUGGCCCUACGUUGAUGCCUGUUCCAGACAUUCAGGACCAAGUGUCCUGUCAGGCUCAUGUGAAUGAAAUUGUUAAAACCAUAAUCAUCCAUCAUGAGAAUAUUUUUCCAGAUGCUAAAGAGCUAGAAGGCCCAGUUUAUGAGAAAUGCAUGGCUGGUGAUGACUACUGUGACAGCCCUUACAGUGAACAUGGCACCUUAGAAGAAGUUGAUCAUGACGGCGCCAAUGAGACACACACCAGUGAAGAUGAGUGUGAACCAAUUGAAGCCAUAGCCAAAUUUGACUAUGUGGGACGAUCCGCUCGAGAGUUGUCUUUUAAGAAAGGUGCAUCCCUUCUCUUGUACCAUCGUGCAUCUGAAGACUGGUGGGAAGGACGACACAAUGGAAUCGAUGGCCUAGUGCCCCACCAGUACAUUGUUGUACAAGACAUGGAUGAUACAUUUUCAGAUUCCUUGAGUCAGAAAGCUGAUAGUGAAACUAGCAGUGGUCCGGUGACUGAAGAUAAGUCAUCAUGUAAAGAUAUAAACUCUCCAACUGACCGACACCCAGAUUUAUAUUCGGGCAGACACAAAAGGCGAACAGAUCUAGCACCACCUUCUCGCCGUUCAGGCAGGUCUAACGACAGUCACUGCCCAGUACAUCCUCCACAGUCUCUCAACAACUCAUCGAUGGAAAUUGUAUCUUCCAAUAUUUCAAGCCAUUGUAGCCCGCGUGCCCUUCUACAGAAUCGCAACCUUAACACUGACAGCCCUGAACGUAGACGUAAGCCAGGCCAUGGAAGUCUGACCAACAUAAGUCGGCAUGAGUCUUUAAAAAAGAUAGACAGUCCUCCUAUACGAAGGUCUACAUCAUCAGGACAGUACACAAAUUUUAAUGACCACAAGACUCUCGACCCAGAGAGGAUUGCUCAGCAGGACAUAGAAGAGACCAUGAACUCGGCCCUAAAUGAGCUACGUGAGCUUGAACUACAGAGUUCUGCAAAGCAUGCACCAGAUGUUGUACUGGAUACACUCGAGCAAAUAAAGAACUCGCCCUCCUCAGCAACAUCAACAGAGUCUCUGAGUCCUCUUCACAAUGUCAUGCUCAGGAACACAGAGCCACAAAUCCGGCGUAGCACUAGUACAUCCAAUGAUACAAUGAGCACAUUCAAGCCCAUGAUUACCCCUCGAAUGGGUAUACAGUUAAAGCCUCCAGCUUUAAGGCCAAAACCUAUUGUGUUACCAAAAACUAACCCUGGCUUAGGACCCUCCCAGGCCACUCAAGGGGCUGCUGACAAAUCAUGCACAAUGUAAUGUCAUUGUGAAUAGUACCUUAUGUGAACAAAUGCCAUGAUAUCAUUAGUGGCAUCUUUGUACUGGAACUAGAAUAAAACACUAGCGUCUACACUAAAUUUUUACUACAAGAAACUGGACUGUGUUGUGAGUUUACAGCUGUAGAGACCCAUAGACGCAUACUUGAAGAUUUGAUGCUGCUGAUGCAACGUCACAACGGCUUCUCACUUAUGUUACAGACUUCUCAAUCUGAUUUGCCCACAAUAUAUCUAUAAUAGAUGAGAAGUGUCCAUUUAUUUUACUUUACAACUCAUAGUGAGUCACGGAUCAGGUGUAUUUGGUUUGCAGAGCAGCCUAAAGAAAACCCAUUAGUAGUUUGUUCCAUAGAACGUUUGCAUUACAUUCCUUUGGGGCCUUACUGCUUGCUAUAAAAACCUCUGGUAGAUCCUGGACCGGAACUAACCCUUCUAACCACUCCUAUUGUGACUGUAUAUUGCCCCAGCAUUAGUUAUAAUGGGGGAACAUGUUAAGGUGUACCGUAUGCACAGUCUGUGGUUCUUAUGAUAUGUAGACAUGGAUAUGUCUCUAUAUAUAUAUGUUUCUGUGUAGAGAUGAAUAUGUAUGGAAGAAAGUUGUUUUGCACAUGCACAAUAUACAGAGAGAUGAUCAAUGUGCUGCUCUUCAGACACUCCUGUUCCGAAGCGUUAAGUUUAGGCAUGUUUCUGUAUAACCGCUCUUUAUAGCCAUGAAGCCAAAGUACCAUAUCGAAUAUAGAUUUAGGGCAAAUAAACUCUGCCAUCAGGGCUGGACCGCAACACAAGGACACUACAUAACGACAUGCCUGGAUUUUACUAAAAGUCAUAGCAGGGCACAUUGGAUGAUGAUUCAGUGUCAGCACAGUAUUAAUAUUAGCCCUGUAUGGAAUUAUGUGUCGUGCCACUUAAUAUUUCUGUUGCCUCUUAUAUGUAACUUAUUCAUUUUCCUCCUACCUAUCCAUUAAUCUGUUUUGGAGCAGCGUUUACCCCGCCAUUGAAAAGUACAAACUGCACAAUCUAAUACAAAGGCCUCAAAUCAUGCUAAUUAUGUGUUAUGUUAGGCCAACAAUAUUAUAUUGGUACUCCUUUUUAUUGCUUUAUUUUAAGAAUUCAUUUAGGGUUGUUGUUUUUGUAUAUAUGAUUUGUAUAUACUUUAAGCCAGUACAUUGCUUGUGUGGCUUCUUUUUUAUACUUUAUUUUUUUUUACCUUUUUUUUUUUUUCUCCUUUUGUAGGUUACGGAGUAGAUCCAUUUAUGGUAGAUACAUGGUUUUACUUUAGUGCUAUAAAUCAGACUACAUUGGCCCAGAUAAGCAUAGUGAAAUGCAGCCAACCUCUCUAGCGAUUUAUUUGGGAUUACACUUAGAUUCUAUCUAUAGACUGCUCCACUUCUUUCCAAUCUACGAAACAAAGCCUUCCUCUUUUAAACUACAUUUGGGAGAAUUAUUUUAAGAUGUGAACAGCACUCCCAUAUCACAAAUGUGGGACACAACAAUAAAAUUGACGUGAUGGCUUAUUUUUAUUAUGUAGUCUAAUAUUUUAUUAUCACCUUCCGUAAUAAUAAAUGACAGACCAUGAGGGGAGAGUCUAUUAUCAUUACUAAGCUUCCAGUGUACAGAAGCAAGUCCUUUAUCUAUAAGCUGUAUACCUCCUCAUUGCAGACUCGAGCCUGUAGUUAAAGCUGAGCCGAGGAGCUCUAUGAGCGACCUGACUUUUCAUAUGCAGUCCUAACAUGAUCAUAGAUGAGACGUAGAACUCACAGGGACAAACUGGAAUUCUCUUCUUACGUUCAAGCACAGGUCUAGCCUGGUACUUGUUUUCUUCUGGUCUGUGUGACAUAAUAGAGUUAAUACAUGUCUUUUCAACAGUUGGAACUGUGUAUAAUUGUUAUAGACUGUGUAUUCUUAUUAGAAGUAGUGUAGUACAAGAAUAUUUUAGAAGCAGUGCACCUGGUGUGCUGCCAUAUACAUGUGUAGUUUGAUGGUUUUAGGUAUUUGCAGUAUUGUAGGUGGAUGUGCACAGAUGUACACAAGCAAGGCCCACAGGGAGGGAGUUCUUUCCAACUCUUGCACAGCCAGGUGUCCGUAUUGUCUGUCCAUUCGGAUUACAGUACUGAUAGCGCAGUUUUUGUUGACUGUUAAUUCUUUGUGUUGGUGUACAUCCGUAGUAUGUACAUGUGAAAGUGCCUUUAAACUUUUAGAGGAACUUCCAACUUUUUACUCUGUGUAAUACAUUUCCUUACAUUCAAUUUCACUCUCGAAAAAAGUAAAGUUGAAAAAAAAAUAAGUUUGACUUUCAUUUCAAGGACUCAUGUGUGAUGUUAAAUGGUUGUGAUGAUGCACUUUUAUGUAUAUGACUGUACAUUUUGGCAUGUACCAUUACAGGCUUCAAAGUCCAUCCAGGUUUGUUCCUCCGUAGACUUUCUUUAUAAUAAAGAAUAUAGUUCUGUCAUCAGCUGCCAUCUCUGUUGUUUUGUACACUUGCAGACCAGACAAGAUGGAAGAUGUGGGGAAAAAAAUACACACAUAGUAGAUUGGUUCUCAAUAUUCUAAAGAAGGCCUUUUAGGGAUUCUUGAAGAUGUUAAAGGGGUUGUGCACGGCUUAUUUUUUUUAAAUCAAAUCAACCCACCUAUCCAGUAGGACAUGUAAAGAUAAGUAGAAGUAUACUUGCCUUCUCCCCACCACUCGAUUUCAGAUUUUUGUGUCCCGGUCUGCCUUCAAUGCACUUUAGAUCUCUGCAUGUGAGCUUCCUGCACGGACAGAGUCACGUGUACAAUUGCAGAAAAUAACUGGCCUCAGAGUUGACAUGUCCCCAAGCGGCACAUGACUGUUGGGUCACGAUCUGCUUCGGGACAUGUCAUCACUAAGCUUUUUCAUUGGCUUUUUCCAUUAAGAAAGUUUACAUGUAGUGAGCAGAAGUGCAGUGAAGACAGCCUGGGAGCCACGUAGCCAGAAGCGGUGGAGAGAAGGUAAGUGUACUUCACAGGGCCCACUAAUUAAAAAUAAAUAAAAAAUUUGGACAUCCCCUUUUACACACCACCACAGAUUUGCCUCUUUUUGUACACUGGCCAUAAAGUAUUAGACAAAGAUUACAUAAUAUGACUUGAUCUGAUGGACUGAAAUUGAUCUAAUGU